ACUCCUUUGGUUGUCUCGAGUUUAGUGCUUAUUAUUUGAUUUGUGAAAAUUUAGUUUACAGUGAGUUGUCCUUUAAGGAUGUACGGUGUAAAGGAGUUAUAUGCAGUGCUGCUGCUAACAACUAUUUUUAGUUUCAAAUUUGGUGAUACGGUGAUUGUGCCAGCGCUAACGAUUAAUUCGGCUGAAUGGAAAAGUUAUGUUAGCACUUAUGGAAAAACAUACACCACCAUUCCCGAAUCAUAUGCGGUUUUCUAUUAUAACUACAAUAACAGAUUGAUAACGGCGCACAAUUUGCAAGCGGAUCGGAAUCCAAAUACUGUCACAUACAGAUUAGGUGUAAAUCAAUUUACCGACAUGCGUUUUAUACAUUUCAAGGCAUUGUUCCCCAAAACCACACUACCAACAACGGCACCUUCAGCAACAACACCGCCUACAGUGCAAACUGCCGCAUCGUCAGUCGAUAUUAUAACAGACCUACAAUUAACCAUAACCGUAGAAGAUCAGGGAACAGUUUGUAAUAGCGGCUGGGCCUAUGCUACAGCCAAAGCCAUUGAAAUAUACGCUGCAAGUUUAAUGGUGUCUACAGAACGGCUUUCUGCGCAAAAUUUAAUCGAUUGCGCCGGCUCUGGCAUCGGUUGUACGAAACAAGUGGCGCAAACCGCUUUCGAAUAUCUUGUCGGCUAUAGCCAACCAUUGUAUUCUGUAACAGAUUAUCCAGAUAAUAACAAGCUAACAACUCAAGGUAUGUGUGUACCACCCACAACACCGACAGGUACACCCAUAACUUUAGCUUCGUAUUCGCGUGUUGAUAAUCCCGAUGAUGAUACGAUUAUGCAGUAUGUGUCAGCUCUAUUCCCCGUAGUCAUUGAAUACGAUCCGACUUCUUUUGACUUUAUGGAGUAUAAGUCGGGCAUUUUCCAACAGCCACACACAAAAGGCGGUUCCCACUAUAUGGUGGUUGUGGGCUACGAUACGGACACAACUACAAAUCUAAAUUACUGGUUGGUGCUCAACUCCUUUGGCACUACUUGGGGUGAAGACGGCUACAUUCGUAUAAUACGUCAAACGAAUAAGCCAUUAACUACGGUGGCUCUCUUCCCAACUGCAUUCGGACCAUUUACCACCAAGAUGCGCGCAGUAUUAAUUUUUGUGGCGUUGUUCGCCUAUACUAGUGCGGUUUCGUUCAGCAAUCUUGGUAAAGAAGAAUGGUUUGCCUAUAAAAUGGAAUACAAGAAGCAGUACUCAAACGAAGUAGAAGAGCGUUACCGUUGGAAAAUCUUCAAUGAGAACAGAUUGAAGAUUGCCAAGCACAAUCAAUUAUACGCAGCGGGCAAAACUUCAUUUAAAAUGGCAGUCAACAAAUAUAGCGACAUGUUACACAAUGAAUUCCGUGGAACAAUGAAUGGCCACAACAACACGCUAAGAAAGCAACAACGCAGUAGCUACCGAAAACUCACCGGCGCCACUUUCAUUGCACCAGCCCAUGUUACUGUUCCGACAUCUGUGGACUGGCGUUCGCGCGGUGCUGUUACCGAUGUCAAGGAUCAAGGUGACUGUGGCUCUUGCUGGGCUUUCUCCACAACUGGCGCACUUGAGGGUCAGCAUUUUCGCAAAACAAAUAAACUAGUUUCGCUGUCCGAACAGAACUUGGUCGAUUGCUCUGGCAAAUAUGACAACAAUGGUUGUAAUGGUGGUCUGAUGGAUAACGCUUUCCGUUAUAUUAAGGAUAAUGGUGGCAUAGAUACGGAGAAAUCCUACCCGUAUAAGGGUAUUGUUGAUUCCUGUCACUAUAAUCCAUCCAGUAUAGGUGCCACCGUUCGCGGAUUUGUCGACAUUCCAGCCGGUGAUGAGGAGAAACUGAAGCAAGCUGUUGCCACCAUUGGUCCAGUUUCCGUUGCUAUCGAUGAUUCGCCUGAAUCAUUCCAAUUUUACUCUGAAGGUGUUUAUAAUGAACCAGCUUGUGAUGCACAGAAAUUACAUCACGCUGUUUUGGUGGUAGGCUAUGGCACUGAUCCCAGUGGACAAGAAUACUGGCUGGUAAAGAACUCUAGGGGCACUAGCUGGGGUGACAAAGGUUAUAUUAAGAUGGCGCGCAACAAGAAAAAUCAGUGCGGUAUUGCUACAAUCGCCAGCUACCCACUUGUUUAAGUUGUAAAUAUUCAAACAUUACAAAAAAAUUGGAAAUACUUAGGAAUCAAAAUUUGCGAAUUAAUAUUUUUUUAUAAACUACAGUGAAUUUUUAACUUCUAUAUGAAGCGUA